AAAAAAAAAAGGUAAAGAGACUUGGAGGGUUUUUCUUUUAUUUGUUUCAUUCUUAUUUAUUUAUAUUUUAUUUCUCUUGUUUUACUAGGCCUUUUUUUGGUUUGUGUUUACUUUCUUUUGGGAGUUUUAUUUUUUUUUUUGGCCCUACAUUAGACGCUUAUUUUUCUAUCGUUCUAUAUAUAUAUCUUUUUGUCUGUAAACAAACUUACAAUGCUACCAAUUGAAAUCUAAAAGUAUUUGCCUUCUUGCUUGUUUGUUUUCCAUUUUCAUUUCCAAGUUCUUCUUUUUUAAUUGACUUUCUUUCUCUGGUUUUCCUUUUCCUUUUUAGUCUCCUCCCAGUACAAGUACAGCAGUACAAUAGUCUUUCCCACCAGACCAAGGUCAAACGUAAGCAACUUCAUUUCGUAGCAUUGCCUAGCCUUCCAUGGACAAUCUAAGAAAACGCAUCCUCACCUAUACUGGGGACAAAAAGAUAUUCGACGAGGAAGAUGCUACUCCUCUCAGUCGACAAGAACAAGAUACUUUUAUUGAACACUUGCGACUAACGAAUGCAAGAGACAAUCGCAUGUUUUCUAUUUUGUUUUCUUUUUUAUUCCUUGUUCUAGCUGUACCCGUCCUCCUGUACCCAGAGAAUUUUUUCUAUAAACUCGUUGAAGUCUUGGUCUUAUGUUCCAAUGCCUUCGUCAUGUAUUUCCUUCCUACAGACCAUGUUAUCGCUAGCUCUUCUACAAUCCCUUUUCAUUGGAAAGUUCUGCUGACAUCAAAUAUCGCUAUUCCUGCAGCCGUUUUCCUUUUUACCAUUCACAAGCAAUCGUCCCUUUUAGGCUCUUUGUUUUCUAUGCGAUUUCUUGCUUUGGCGGUUUCUAUUUUCACUGAACUCACUCGUUAUUCCAUGUAUACUGCUGCCUUGGGUGUAGAAAAGCUUGAUAGUAUGAGAUUUGCAUAAUUGGGUUUCAUUAUUUAUAACAUCUUGAAAAUUAUUCUUAGAAUCCUCAUCUCAUCCUUCUUCAUUCCUUUUGAUUGUUUGUCUUCCGUCGUCUCUAUUUUUUUUUUUUUUUUUUUAUAACUUGCUUUUCCAUCUCUUCAUAACUUUUAUUUCUCCAGUCUAGCCUUCAAAUACUUACUUUUCAUCUAUUCUUUUUACUAAUUUCCGACACGAUCUGAUCUACCUACUUAGUACUACUAUCUAUUAUUUAAUUCCUUAUGUAUCAUCAAUAUAUUUACUUUUGGCACCAUA